UCUCUCCAAGCUCGUAGAUAGCGGAAAUUAUUCAGGCGAAAACGAUUUUGCCCUGAAGGAAGUGCAAAUACAACCCAUUAAAAACCAGCCUGAUCGACGAAUUAUUCAAUAGUUUCUUACGAGUGUUACAGUUAAUUUGACAAAGAGCUGGACUGUGAAAGUGAUAGUCGAAUUGUUGCUUGUGGCAUUUGUAAACCGGACUUCAGUUUGUUGUAAAGUGUUGCUGACGCUGUAACUGGACCAAGACGGGAAAGUGAAGUGAUUUUAACGAGUGUUGGUGGUUUACAUUGAAGCGUAUGGUCAGGUUUCUUUGCAUGGAUAAUCUCAAAGAAGAUUGCGAAACAUCAGAAGAAUAAUUACUAUGUUACUAUUGACAGUUUCAAUAUUGAACUUUCAAUUGUGAAUACGUCUUCGAUAUACACAUAUUAAAAUUCUAUGUAUGCAACGUUUCAGCGUUCCGGCAAUUAUGAUCAUCAGAUAUGAAAAGAUGUAUUGAUGGAAUUUUCAAUAAAAAUGAAGUAUUUAUUAUUUAUUUUAAGUGCUUUAACAAUAACCUCCUCCAUACGAGUACCGAGUAGUUGGCAGCAAGAAUACCAUAAUGACAGAAGUAGAAGCAGAGGAAUCAGACCACACAAGAAUAAUAGCCAAGUUCAUAGAAGAUAUUCUAAUGGAGUUAAGCAUCUCUAUGACAGAGCACAAAUAACGCCCCUUGGAUAUAUAGAUCCAUCAAUACAAAAACAUAACUGGACUCGAAGAAAUGCCAAUAAACAACUAGUCAAACAGAACUUACCAAUGAACGAAACACCUUUUUUAAAGAAACCUAUCUCAAGAAAAUCGUUCAGGCCUUCCCAUCAAGAUAAAAGCCACCUUGAGUUCUAUAUGAUUCCGAAACCAGUCUCUCACAGAAUUCUCAGUAAUUCACGAAGUCAACAAUAUGAUCUCCCUCUUUCUCAAAAUACGCCAGAGAAAGUGUCACAGAAUAUUCAGGCAACUGUGAAUUUCCUUCAAUUUCCUCAAUCUAAAAUUUCUUAUAAACAGAAUAUUGAUCCCCAGUUAUCUCCCACUUUCACGGAUUGGGUCCCUUCUUUUGGUAGUACUGAUCAGUUUCCUAAAACAUUUGCUGAUCAAAGAAUUCAAAAUGAAUUACCGAGUAUUACCACAAGUAAUCCACUUUCUCAAAAUUUCGAUCAAUUUUUCAAUGUACCACCAAACCGUGAAUUUGUUAAACAUAUUCAGAACCAUAAAUUGGACAAUCCACCCUAUAACAAUUUUGAGGGCGAUUUACAAAAACCGAAGUUCAAUGAAGACACCAAAGAACCUUUUCAGGUUUAUAAUAUCAACAGUGUUGCAACCAAUGUUCCGCCACAGAAGAUUAUCCAAGAGUCUGAUGAUUCUGGAAAUCACGAUUCUUUUGAAAAUCAUCUUUUCAAAAACUAUAGAGAUGACAGGACCCACGAACCGAUAGCUUUCGAUCCAUUUCUUGAACAAGCGGAUAAUUCUGAAAUAAAGAGAGAAGAAUCCGAAAAAGCCCCCAUAAGUUCUCACGAAUAUCCUGCAGACAUACCAACAAAACCAAUUUACCUUGGCCCAGGAAAAUGGGCCAAGCCAGGAGUAAAAUACAGGCCAUUUAUCAGCAGACAGAAGUAUGAUAAGCUGGAGGAACAAGAAGAAACACCAGAAGGUUAUGACACAUUCCUAGAGGGGAAAGAACUCUUUACUGAAUUCAAUAAUAAAUUCGACAAAAAUCUGAACAGUUUUCCGGAAAAACACAAACUGGGCCAGUUUUUAAAAAAUGAAACUCCAAACAAAAAUGAAAUGCAGGAUGAUUCUGAAGUGAAAGAAAAUAGUGGAACAGUAACGGAAGAUGAAAAUCACGAGGGAGAAGAAAAAGAGUUCGUACCAACAAGAAUGUAUGCCCAGGUGAGACAUACUGAAGGAAUUCAACGUUUGCCAGCAGAACAGGCUGAAGAACCGAGAUUACGAGAAAGUAUAAAAGAGUCAAAAAUUCAAACCGUUUAUACUGAAGAAGGAUAUGAAGAUAGCGCAUAUGACCAUGCGGGGCAUGAGAAGAGUGCUGAAAACGAAGAAGGAUUCGAAGAGCAUGAGAAAGAAAAGGUGCGGAAGAUCGAGAAGAAAGUCCCCGCUCAUAAAUAUAAUCUUCAUCUCAAGCCCAAAUAUGAAUCGACUGCUUAUGGAAAUGAGAAUGAUUUGCCGACAGAUGAAGAAAUCGAACAGUAUAAAAGAGAAGAAUUGGGGAUAGAAGACGCAGAAGAAGCUGGUUCUCAAUUUGGAAUAUCUCCAAAUUCAAUCAAUAACUUGAAUGGGGAAGAAAAACGUACAAUGCGAACAAAUAAUGAUUUUAUGAGUACCAAAGAAGAGAAAACGAUGACUACCAUGGGAAAUGAUAAUGGUGACACUGAAACUGAAAUAUCUAGUAAAGUUAAAAUUAUUCACAAACCUAAUAAUCAUACUAGAGCUCAUGAAUUUGUUAAGAUAUACCCAAAGACAUUCAAAGUUGUGAGUGGAAAACACAGUAAUACAGUGAAACCAAGUGAAGAAAUCAUUGCCAGAGUAGAAGAACUGCCAAAGACCAAACAAAAUCUCUCGAAUACUGUUGGAUUUUAUAUCGAAGAAAUCAUAACCACUACUACUGAAAUUCCAAUCACUACUAUUCCACCAUCAGAUUCUAUUGAAAUAUUCACUGAAGAAAUACCUAUUACCACUCUAGCCACAACUGCUAUCCCAACCCCCAAAGGCAUUACCCCUCAAGAAGUUAUUCCAGAAACAUUGGAUUCUAUUGAAAAAGCAUUUUGGAGCAUAGCGCCAAGAUCUCGAAUAAAGAGAUUCGUUAAUGAUUUUCCAAAAAUAGAAGUGGAUACUGACUUCAUAUCAAAAAUUAAUCACCAUUUGGGUGAAUCGAAAGAAGAAUCACUCGAACAAAAGUAUCCAUAUUAUGAUAAAAGCGAAGAACAUGGUAUUAACGAAAAUUCUCCUCUGAGAUAUUCAGAAAACUUGAACAAUAUCCCCCAGAAAAAAGAAGGAAACAUGGCGUUUUACGAACAUGCGGAAAAAAUGAUUGUCUGUCCAGAAAUUGAUUCAACAGUAGAGCCCAUACCUGAAAGAAUUGAAAACGCUAACAAGGACAACAGUUAUCCGGAAGGUGAGGAUAUAAAGAAAGAAGAAAGAGAAGAUGGAAAUCAGUCAGAACAAACUACGAAAUUACCACAACAACCCAAAUCUCCUAGACUCACAGGAUUAGGUGACAAAAUUCAAUGUCUCAGAGCAAAAUAUUUUGGCAGAAAUCCAUUAGAUAGUCCGUUUUUCCAAGAAGAAACUGUUGGAACAAUAAAACCAAUUUUUAAAAUUUUAGAAAAAGCCAAUAUGAAUAAUGAAAAAGAAUUCCCUGUAAAUGAGGGCAGAGAAAAUGAAAUUUCCACCGAUCACGAGGACUCUGAAAAAGCAAAGAAUGGCAUAGACAGUAAUUUCGGAACUGCAACCACUGUGGAUACACCCACAACUAUGGAUGUUGAAAAACUGAAAUCCAAUGUAUAUCAAGAUGUCACUAAAAAUAUGAAAAAAAUGUUUGAAACCGAACACAAGCAAACUUCUUCAGUUCAAACAGUACCAACUAUCAGUUUAUUGACUACUCCAGAAUAUACUGUUGAUUUGAAGCCAAAACAUAUAUAUGACCAGAUAAAAUUAUUGAAAUACUUACCCGAAAACCAGAAUUUAAGUAGUACUUCAGCUGGAUCUAAUAAUUUUCAAAUACCUUCUGAAUUUGAGUUAGGAAUUACUCAAUCUACCAUUAUUAGUGAAAGGCAGCCAAAGUAUAAUAAAGGCGACGAAGACGAUCUGAGUUAUGAUUCAUCUGUAGAUAGUCCAAGUAUAUCAGAAAAUCUUACUUAUGAGUUUCCAGAGGAAGGUUCCAUUCUACCAGACGCAGAAGCUUUGAGGAGGCGUCGGAAAUUCAGAUAUCGAAGGAAACGACCUGCCAUCAAAAGGAUUUUAUCGACCACUUCAUUUCCCAUAUUCGGCAACUACCUCACUACCAGCACUGUUUUACCUAAAUACAAAGUUGUCAGUGAGGUUUUCUAUAAAGAUGAUAUCAAACCCAACGAACAGCUCAACGUUUUUACAGAUAUUUUGAAUAAUAUCAGAAACUCCUCUCAGGAGGCUGCAGAUGAAGUUUUCCAAAACCUCUCGGAACCAAUAACUGUGGCACUUGAUUCAAAGAGUAGAGUAGACCAGUUGAAAAUGAUUCAGAAGUAUAAGGACGAUUCCUAUUUGAAAGCUUAUGGAGAUCAAGAGAUCGAUAACACUAAUUAUGAUUUGACCAGUACAACCACAGCAAGGCCAUUUCCUAGCGAAGGCACUGCUUUAUACAACACAGACUUCAUUAGAAAUGGGUUGAAACAAACAGUACACCCGAAAGAUAAAUUUAAGUUAUAUGCGGCUCUCUUAGAUGCACAGAACAAAAAAAUAUCCGGAUUGGUCCCAAAUAUUUCACCUGUAAUUUCUUCGCCACCUGUUGAUGUUGAAUCUCAAGAUGAUACCACAAUGGUUAUGGGGUUGAUGCCACCCAGAAAACAUCAAUAUAAAACUAUUCUCCACUCCAAACAAGACAAUCAAGUUUUCAUCAGAAGUCAAGGAGAUACAGAGAAGAAAGUCAUGAACAAUUUCUUAGUUAUGGGCAUGAAACCGCCCCCAAAACAAAGAAUAUUUGUAUAUUCCGAUUUUCAAGACAGAAACUCUAUCAGGACUAGAAGGGUACCUUCAAGAAGAGGAAAGCGAGAUACUAACCGAUCGUCAUAUGCCGAGUUGACUAGAAAUCAAGCAGCGGAAAAAACCGAUGAAGUGGAAGAUGAAGACGAUGAUGACUAUGUUCCGCAUAGACCGAAAAACUACUAUUAUGACGAAAAAACUGGAAAAAUAGUUUACAACAAAGACAAUAAGUCAGAGGAGAAGAGUGAUGAAGAAGUAGAGUAUAUAGAAAUAGUUGAAGAACCGCCUGAAACAACUCCAAAACCGGAACCUAAGCAAAAUCCAAUAUUUGCUACAGCCACACCUCCACCAGAAGGUCAAAGUUAUAUCGACUUUGUGAAUAAGCUGAAAAGUGCACCAGACUACACGCUAAUUCCAGAUCCCACCACUACUGAAAGAGGAGCAAAAGUGAGUACAGAAAAAGUAUUCACAACAAAAAAACCUGAACUAACCGAGCCUCCAGAGUUUUUCAAUAUUCUUGGGAAAGUUAGACAAAGUGGUGACUAUAAAUUCAUCGCAGAUGAGAAAAAUAAAGAUAAAGUUGUGAGUACAACAUCAGAGUCUCCCGAAGAAAUAAUUGAAGAAGAUGUCGAAGAAGAAUCGAUACCAACAAAUGUUAAAAAUUCGCCAGGAGGUGUUCAGCAUGAUCUGUUACCAGGCUUGCAAAUAUUUGACAUUUCCGAUUAUAUACCGAAACUGAAAAGUUACCUACCUAGAACUUCAUUUGAUACUUCUAAAUACAAAACGAUAAGCAGACCCACGGUAUCAUCAACGUCGAAAACGGAAUCAAUUUCUGAGGAGGAAAAAGUUUCGCAAAUAAAUAAUACUCCUGUUCCUGAAGUGAAAUCCAGUUCUGAGCAAAUUGAAAAUUCUCAAGCGAGUAACACAAAUAAUAGUCCAGUAUUUAUAGAUAGCACAGAUGUGGAAGACGUAAUUGAUUCUGGGGAGAAGGAGGUUACAACUGUGAGUCCAUCAACAGUUACCGCAACAUCAAACAGGCAGCAACAUCCAAUCAAACACACCCGUAGGAGAAGACCAACCACUUCAAAGAGUGUUGUUAACACCAGAAGAUCAAUCCCUACUACAUCUUUGUCACCAGUAACACCAGAGUCUGACACAGAACACUAUCCAAAGUCGAGGAGGAAUUAUCGAAGAAGGCCCACACGAAUAAAAGUAACAUCUACAACGGAAUCACUCACAGAUGAUGAUACAGAUGAAACAACCAAAAUCCUGCGCAGAAGAUCCAACUUGCAGGAACUUAAACAGAAGGAGAGUGUCAUAUUGUCUUCAACUGUCCGAGCUGUCACCAAUGAACUGAGUAUAGAUCCAAAGAAGUAUGUGGAUAUCUUCAAAAAAUAUAAUCAAAACAAAAGACAUGGGGGUAAUUAUCGAAAGAGCGACAAAGAUGAAGUGACUCCAAACCAAAGUGUAGUAGACGCCGACCCGAUUUCUGAUAGAAAAAGUAAAGACGUUGAAAUCAUCAGUGAAUAUGAUAAAGAUAAAAGACACGGCGGAAACUACAAAAAAGAGGAUACAAGUUCCAUUGAGACAAAUAUGGGAGAGAGUAUAGAAGAUAAUUCCAAGGAAAAAGCUUUGAUUGUUAAUUUACUUCCAGAAGAUUCACUCCCAGAAGAUUCACUCACUGACAAAACAACUAUGAAAAUUACCAGUCCAAAAACUGGUAGACAAUCCCGAAAACCAAAGAGAAUCCUCAUAAAACAAGUGAAAAAAUAUGAGGUGAACAAACCAGUUCAUAGGCUGACCGAUGUAGUAACUAAACCUGAAACUUUCUACACUGACCCCACGCUACCAAUGUCAGUUAACAUGCUUGCGAAGGUUGAUGCUUUGUCAAGCGAGGAAGUGCGGAAAUUUGAAGGAAUGGAAUCAUCAAGUGAAGAAACAGGCAUUGAUGCCGAAGACAAAACUGAGUCUGCUAAUUCAAAUACCACGAAGAAGCCUGCUUUCAUUGUAGAUCCUAGUAAAAGAUUGUAUUUUUAUGCUCCAAUUUAGUGGCAUGUGAAUAAUGAAGUAGAUUAUCAAAAUUGUAUAAUAAAAUUAUAUUAAUGAU